AUGUCAACAUCUAUCACAAGACAGACCUCGCCAACAAGAAGACUAUCCAUCAUACCAAAUGCCAGAUCCCGACAAAAUAGUAUAUCAGCAUCAUUCACUGGAAUGACAGCAGGACAUGCCAUGGAUGCUUCAAUUGAAAAAGAGACUGAAAUAACCAUUCAUAUCGAAGGUGAUGACAAGGCUAUGAUUAGACCAAACAAGAUUAUGAGAGGCACUGUCAAAGUCAGGACUAAGAAGACCCUUUAUUCAAGCCAGUUACGAAUCAAGUUUCGAGGCGUUGAGUGUGCGUGCGCCAAAGUGAAAGAGGCUGGCCUUGAUUCCAAGUUAGAGCGCAUUGAAAAGAUUACAACAACUUACUUUGAAAUAGAAACUAUAGUAUGGGGAACUGAAAGAAGUGCCUACGCUAUCAACUCCUGGAAGUCAGUUGAACCUGGAGAACAUGAAUACAAAUUUGCGCUCAAGUUCCCCAAUGUCAACUUUCCUCCCUCCAUUGAUGAUCCCACAGGUUUCUCCAUUCGUUAUAUAUGGACAGCUUAUAUGGAUGGACCUGCCAAUCAUCCCGGUAUUCGUAGUGAAGAACUAGUGACACCGUAUCGUCCGUUACUCGUAGCCCCAGCUGCGACCCCAUGGACAUUCCAGGAUACACUGUACAAAUACAAGGACAACAAAAAGACGCCGUUAGCCACAGUGAAAGCCAAGUUACCCGCCCAGGUGUUCUGCCCCGACCAGCUAUUCCUAAUUGAUCUUGAAAUCAAUGCAAUUUCAUCGGACGUGGUGAUUGGCAGUGUUGCAUUUAAGCUUCGUAAGGUGUAUGAAGGUAAAUUGCUGCUGCAGCGAGGUACCGUACAUCGCUUAUAUAAACGAGAUAUCCUGCAAACCAUGGUGCCAGUCAAAGGCAACAAUGGUUCGUUACGUCUACCCGAUGUCAGAGUUCAGUUGCCCUCAAGACUAGUCUCGCCUUGCUUUACAUCGAAUCAUGUUCGCGUGUAUUAUUAUCUGAUUUUCAUGAUUCAGUUUGAUUCCGGUAAUCUACUCAAAUCGACGCACCACGUACAGUUUGAAAUUCCAAUUGGCAUUGCGAAUCUGUCAAACCAACAUCUGGCUCGUGUCCGUGAUUUAACUUGCAUUCAAGAUUACAAGGAAUGCCGGGAUGCGCCAGUGUUCUUCAAUCCUGACCUGGAUGCUCCUCCCACUGAUUUUGCAGCAAGCAACAGCAGAAGUCGAAGCAACAGUAGUGCUUCAAGCAGUGUGUCCUACCCAAUGCAUCCAGAUGCGCACUAUCCUGCCCCGCCUUCAUUGACCAUCGACGAAGAAACUCUUUUCCAACCAAUGUCGCAUAUUAGCAACAUGCCCCCAAUGGGCAUGUUGUCCCUCUCCCCGCCCAUAGAGGAAUCGCUACCACCAGCCUAUUUUAGCUUGUCGGAGGUACCACAGUUUAUUCUGAAAGAACGAAUCGAGAAGACUCGCUACUCUAGUCGACUGGUCAAGCCAAAUGUAUGUCCAGAGCUAGGCGAGCCAUUAGUGCUUGAGUCUUAUUUCGACGAUGAAUGGUGA